AUGUUCAGAACCGCUCUUCUCAGAUCAGCCCGCAGCGCUGUUAGCAAAGCUGUCCAAAGACCUGCAGCAAUUGCUCGUCCUAUCGCCCCAAGUUCUUUCGUCACAAAAUCUCAAUUCGCCCCGUCAGCUUUCCAAGCUGCAAGAUGCUACUCCGCAGCCGCCGGACUCAACAAGGGAGAGGUUGAGGGUAGAAUUCUAUCUUUACUGAGCAACUUCGACAAGGUUGCGGACCCAACGAAGCUCUCAGCAAGUGCGCACUUCUCGAAUGAUCUUGGGUUGGAUAGCCUGGACACUGUAGAGGUUGUUAUGGCUAUUGAGGAGGAAUUCAGCAUUGAGAUCCCAGAUAAGGAAGCGGAUGCUAUCCUCAGUGUUGACCAAGCCGUCGAAUAUAUCCUCCACCAACCAGAUGCUCACUAG